GCACGUGGGCUAGCAGGUUGACGCUGGGUAUCACAGAGUCUGUGCUGACUAAGGAGGUGGGGGAGACGGUGGUCGUGAAAUGCAAGCCGGACAAGGAGGACGCUGUCGUCACCGACGUGUCCUGGACAAUAGAUGGCGCUCCCAUCCCACAGGGACAAGAACACCGGCGGCGUGUGGAGGAGGAACCUUGGAACAACUGCGACACGUGUAAGAUGCUCGUCAUUGAUCAGGUGGAGGUGUCCGACGAGGGAGAGUACGAGUGCAAGGGAGUCGUUGAUGGAUCGCCCAGGAGCGCAUCCUUCACACUGUUCGCACAGAGGGUCAUUAAGGUCAUCAACGCUCCGACGACACAGAGCUUCCAGGAAGGCAUGGACGCGCUUGUCAAGUGUGAGGUCAGUUACGAACCUGACCAGCCGAUAGUAGAGUGGUUCGACAACGGACAGGGCAAGAUCUCAAACGACGGUGAGAAGGUGUUUGCCUCAGAUAAAGGUUUGACUAUUAAGAACAUCAGUAGGACGGAUGAGAAGACGUAUACAUGUCAGGCACGCACUACCGGCUCUGGAGGCCUCGCCAUAGAACGUAUACCCAUCAGUGUCGUCGUUAACUAUCCGCCAAAGUUCGCCGUGAGAGAGAAAGCCAUUAAGAGUUGGAUUGGAGCAACGGUGGCACUGCAUUGUAAAGCUGAAGCCAAACCUGCCGCAGAGUACAUGUGGUUGGUUGGACCAGACGUUCUGCAUCUGAAGGAUUGGGAGAGAGAGACAGGCAAGGUGUUCGAGGUCAUGACAAAUGCUACAGACAAAAGCUCCACGCUUAAGUUCAGAGUCGAUCAGUUGAAGGACUUCACCUACUAUUACUGUAACGCUGAGAACAAGGUAUCUAUAGAGUCGCCCAACGCCAAGCCUGAUGAACAGAAGAUCCACCUACUAGAAGUCCAUCCGCCGGACCAGCCAGUCGACGUCAAGGAAGACCAGGUGUCAUCAAACACUGUCCGACUACAGGUGACGCGUCCACUCAACGACGGUGGCAUCGCGCUCACAGGUUACAAGGUCAAGUAUAGGGAGCGCUCCGAGCAGCAGGAGGGAAUGUGGAGCGCCGCCAAAGCAUAUCCCGUCGGUGACACGGUGAAGAUCGAGCAUCUCAACCCGAGCACGCAGUAUGAGUUUGAGGUGUCGGCGGAGAAUGCUGCGGGCAUCAGCGGUGCACUCAGCGUGAUCGUGAGGACGACAGCCGGGCCGGGCGGCUCCACGCAGGCUGCGGGCUCCCUCGCCGCAUCCGCCCUACUACUAGCCGCCUUCACACUCACCGCCUGCUGGUAAUCACUGCUGCUGCUGUGCCGCCAUCUGCUGGCCGAUCCUUGAACAUUUCCAGCGUUUCGGGUGCAGCACACUGGACAACUGGUCGCCAUCUAUCGGCGGCAUAUUUUAUUUUUUCCACUUAGUUUGCUACUGGUGUGCUAGGCAGCGUUGGCGACUAUGAUGCCAUUAACGCUUUCUCCGAAAUAUGAUAAAAGGUAUGAUAACAAAUUGAGGUUAGAAUUUCUAAACGACAGCAGUGAAAGGUGGCAGUAUUCCAGGCCUGCAUAUACGUGCAUACUGGUACUGCUUAUGUAGUGCGGGCUAUGCUUGGUUGUGUAUUUGGCUUAGAUUGAGGAAUGCCAGCCUUUAUCCACUACGCCUGCGUUGGUUUGGUUCAGCAUCGUUACUGCGUGGCAUGCCCCAAAUCUGCUCAAAUAAGUAUAUUAUUUACUUGCAUGAUAUGAAUAUGAGAGGAAGAAGAAGAUAGCAAUGUCUUGCAGUUUCUAGAUCCGCAAUUUCCAGUUCUCACUGUGAUGCUAUGUCCUAUGCUCCUUCCAUCCUCCUCAUCCCUCUCGUCAUUAUCCUUGCCACUUUAUUCUAUCUCUGCUACUCCUUCUUCUUCCUCCUCCUCCUCUUCUUCAUACUUCUUUGCCUUUCCCUUGCCUUGUGUUUCUUUAGUUAUCACCAAUCACAACCAGUAUCAUCACCUGCUAUGUGUCUCAAUCCUGACACAGUCUCAUGUAUCUUCUAAACUGAUAUAUUAGCCAGUAAAAUUCCAAUGCAUGCACAAACGCCGCCGCUGCCUCGAUUGUUCGGCCCUAGGUGGCGCCAUCGGUGACUAUCAGUAAUUUAGCUACUCUGUCGACUCUUUGAAUUGUUUAUCUGGUUUACUUGUUAUUCCAGCGCGUCGUUUUGCGAACGUAUUUAGUAUUUAUGUAAACUAUAGAUGUAGUCUACCGUGUUAGAGGUUUCCUCACUCUUUACUGUCUUCUCUUAAUCUCCCACUGGUGCAGCCCGUGACUACACGGACCAGAUGACUAGCCAAGCAGUAUGUCUCAGAAUGUGUCGGAAUAUGUCAGAAUGUCUCAGAAUGUGUCAGUAUGUCUCAGGUUGUCUUCAGUGGAAGCUGAGACACAGGGCUAGUGGGAACUAAGGCAUAUGGCUUCACGGAAGCUAAAUCUUAGUAGUUAGAUGUGGUAGGGUAUGGAUAAAUUGAUCUCUAUACCUAGGCCUGUUGUGGUGGGACAGCACUAGCUAAAUCUCUCUCUCUGGGUCUGCUUUGGUGGGACAUCUCUUGCUCAGUCUCUAGGUCUGGUGUAGUGGGGCCGUGUUAGUGGAUGCUCCGUGUACACAUCAUAGACCGGAAUUUACAUCCAUUCAGGAUCGUUGACGAUGUACCCUUUAUCUUUUGAUAUGUUGUGAAGUAAGUAAUGCGCCAAGUAUUUAUUUAGAAACGUAUUUUUAAGGGAGUGUAAAUUUUUUUUAUUGCUCGUGCGCGUUGUACUUGGUUAGGAUCUCUUGAAGAUCAAGAGAGAGCGAGAAAUAACGGACAGAUAAUGGAGAUUGCUUCCAGAUUGUAGGAAAUAGAAUCGUAAGUUGUAUCUGUAGUCGCUACCGUAUCCGAUGCACAGCAACGCCCUCUCGUGACUGUUGCUAUGAUGUGAUGAAAUCCCGUAGCAACCGUGGCCAUGCCGCGAAGAGCAGACGCUCAUCGCCAUGACAACUGUCGCCAUGACAACCGUCGCCAUGGCAAGUGCAUUACUAUCUCAAACACAUGUCUCCCUUCUCUCUAGCUGUGUAAUCUCUAUAUAGCAUGUAAUACACCCUGAUGUACAAUUCACACUUCGAUAUAAUGCAGCUAGCCUAUAUUUAUGCCUGUCCUUGCGUGAAGGCAGCCCAGCCCCACACGCGGGUUCUCUACACGUAUUUAUUAGUGUGUGUAAGAGUCGCGUGAACCGUGUGUGCGCAUGCGCGCAUCUAUUGUUACUACUAACCGGCGAACAGUGGAAGAGCACGCAUGCCGGAGCUACAACUCCUCAUAUCACCGCUAGAGGGCGCUGCUGGCUCCUCUAGCGUGAAGCAGCUGUGACCUUGUCUAGGUCAUCUCCGCUCUGUGGGAUUCCCACUCACAUCCCGUGCCUCCCCUGCAUGCACUGUUAGAGAGCAGGAGAUCGCUGGUGGAGUGACGUCACCUUUGCAAUCGUCAUCUCUGACCUUACAUUACUGUUGUUGCUGCAACUCCUCACACAGAGUGCAUGUUUUAUGCAUGUAAUAUACCUAACAUAUAUUUAAACAUAUUUUAUGUAUACAUGUACUGUGAGUAAGCGAGGAGGUUACGUUACGUGUGUAGCCCCCACCAGUUCUGUUUUAUUCUUUAUUAUUAGUCUAUCAUAAUUCAUAUAUAUAUAGAUAUGUACACGUAGUGUUAUACGAUAUUUUCAUUUUAUUUUGACUCUAUACAGUUCGACAAUUUUCCGAUGUUGUGUAAUUCUUCGCGAUAGUUGUGUUGUUAGUGCUGUGUGUAUUAAUAUGCAUAACUCUUCUCUUUCCACUCGCAGUUUGACCCGCGUGGUGUUUAUCGUGUCUAGAUGGACACCACAUGCCGUUUUUAAUGUAUGAUUAUACCACGUUUACAACCCGUUGGUGUCCCUCUAAGAGUUUGCUUUGUGUAGAGGGCGCCUAAGUCUCUCUCCUUGUAGUCUGCAAUACGAUUUGUUGCGUUUUUACUGGUCGGUAGACGUCACGUGACAUGUAGCGUCAUCGUAGAUUCGCUACGUUCUUAAAGCUGUUUGCUUUUCUUUAGCUGCUAACGCUUUAGAAAAGUUUUCCGCUUGUGCCGCUGCGUGGCGUUGUGAUCGCAUGAAGUCGUCGUAAAUGCAGACUUACAUUUCAUACUCGUGGUUAGGCGUCCGUCUUAGGUCUUAUUAAUGGCGGCCCUCUGCCUCUCUGCGCAUGCGUGUGAGUCUCUGGAAUUUCGUCACGUUCUGUUCACACGCGCUACUGUCAUAGAGAUGAACCUGAUAGUUCUUUGCCUCACAGCUAGAAGGCAGAACGAUAGUUUCGUAGUAGAUUUAUUAUGUAGAAUUUGCACGUGAUGUACAUUUUGAUCGAAUCACUUAGGAUUUCUAUCAGUAUAUUAUAGAUCAUGUUUUAAUUUGCGACACAAA